UUAAGAAGCUGCUACAGCUAUAAUGUAAGGUUGAGAAUUUAUUCUUUCAAAGCAGGUCUCCUCAACUCCUAAACGCUACAUAUAUGAAGUAGAUAAAAACUGCAGCUUCUAUUUUGAUAGCAUUUAGGAUCUGCAGAAGUGGUCUUUCAAUUAUUUGGAAUUUCAAAAAAUAGAGGUUACCUAGUAACAAUGCACCAGUAACACACAAAAUACUCUGAUUUUGUUUAGUCUGUGGGAAAAAAAAUUCUUUAAAGAUUCUGUAAUCUUACAAGAUUACACUGGAAUUACUAUAGUUCGUUUUUCCCUCUAGGAGGGCAGCCAUUUCUCUAAAAGUUUUGUAAAAGUUAACGCUCGGAUUUCAAAAUCCAAGCAGAUGUUGAUGAAGCACACGAAAUGGGCCACUCCAUUUCUACUUCUGAGCCGCGGCGACUCUGACUUUGUGCCCCAGCCCUGUAAAGGGCAAAACCUCAUCCCUUUGGUGUAAACUUUCAAGAGAAGUGGGACAGCACACUUUAGGCGUUUCACCAGGAGGCUGGCGACGUGCUAGGUCAGGUUGUCCGGAGAAUCGGGACCGGGCGGGACAUAUUCUUGAGGGCAACAGCCUCAGGGACCUCCAGGCAUCGGGCUCGUGAAGGUUUCCACGUGCCCCUAUCUGGCUGGUCCCAGGGGGAAUUAGUGGUUGCUACAGUUAGAGAGGGCUGUGGUUUUUCGCACCCCGGGAGACGAGAUGGCGCUUUGGUGUACGCGAGGUGUCACUAGUUCCAGGCGUCUCAGAGAUUUCAAAGGGAAGAUGAUGGCCACUCCGAACCAGACUGCCUGUAAUGCAGAGUCACCAGCAGCCCUGGAGGAGGCCAAGAACUCUGGUACCCCAGGGAGCCCCCAAACACCCCCUGAGCCUCAUGACUCUGGUGGUUCCCUACCCCUGACACCCCGGAUGGAGAGCCACUCAGAGGAUGAAGAUCUUGCUGGGGCUGUUGGAGGCCUGGGCUGGAACAGUAGGAGUCCCUGGACCCAGAGCUCAGGGGGCUGCUCAGCGGAGGCCAUACUGGCCCGGAAGAAACACCGUCGGCGGCCGUCGAAGCGCAGACGGCACUGGCGGCCCUACCUGGAGCUGAGCUGGGCUGAGAAACAACAGCGGGAUGAGAGGCAGAGCCAGAGGGCGUCCCGGGUCCGAGAGCAGAUGUUCGCCAAAGGCCAGCCCGUGGCCCCCUACAACACCACCCAGUUCCUGAUGAAUGACCGAGACCCAGAAGAGCCCAACUUGGAUGUGCCCCCUGGGGUCUCCCACCCAGGUUCCAGUGGGGAGAGUGAGGCUGGGGAUAGUGACGGGCGAGGCCGAGCACACGGUGAGUUCCAGCAGAGGGACUUCUCUGAGGCUUACGAGCGCUUCCGCACCGAGAGCCUCCAUGGCCGCAGCAAGCAGGAGCUGGUGCGAGACUACCUGGAGCUGGAGAAGCGGCUGUCGCAGGCUGAGGAGGAGACCAGGAGGCUGCAGCAGCUGCAGGCAUGCACGGGCCAGCAGUCCUGCCGCCAGGUGGAGGAGCUGGCCGCCGAGGUCGAGAGGCUCCGGACGGAGAACCAGAGGCUUCGGCAGGAGAACCAGAUGUGGAACCGAGAGGGCUGCCGCUGUGACGAGGAGCCGGGUACCUAGGGGUGCCCCCGAGCCUGGUGGACACAAGGAGUAGGUCUUAUUUCAUGCACACUCAGGUCAGCUGGGUCUCAAGGAGGCAGGUGGCAGAUGAAAACCACCCUCAACACCCUGUGCCCCCUGAGAACAGCUAAAUCGAUUCAGACUCCCACCUCACCAUUUUCACAGUUGGUUCUUCCAUGUCAGCUUACUUUUUACAGAGAAAUUAAAUGGUCUUGGUGGGAGCAAAUGG